AAGCGUGCGGAACGCUCGUCUGUCGCGCCGCGUUCACGGGCCCCCGGCGUCUCCCGUCUGUCUCUUUGUUCCCGCCCGUCUUUCACGUACGGUCGUUGUCGUCUCUCCCGCUCGAAUCGAUAUAUAUAUACAUAUAUACGUGUAUAUGUAAUUCGAUGUCGAUCGGCGAAGAAGUCGGCGACCGUGGAGACAGACGGAGCGAAUCGCGCCGCCAAUGAGCGAGCCGAUGCAAUUCCGUCGUCGUCGUCGUCGUCGUCGUCGUCUCCUCCUGCCCAUCGGCAUCUCCCCUCUUAUCCGUCGGGAAUUCGCCGGGGGAGUUCCCGCUGCAGUGGUCCCGAGUGCAUUCCGGGGAGGGGGAAUCUUCGGGGAGGCGAAAGAAAUUCGUCGGCGAGGAAUUCUUUGUCGCGGUCGUCGCGGAACGGGAUCGCUUCGCGCUCGGACCGAAUCGGAUUGAUUCUAGCGAUUGUCCUCUCUUCAACGAUCGACUUCCGUUCGCGCAGCCGAGAGAGAGAGAGAAACGAUUAUUCGUCGGACAUUUCGAGCCUCAAGGAAUGCCGAUCACGCGAAGAAUCCCGCUCGUGCCCGAGAAACACGUGGAAGAUCUUUGAGGCAACGUCGCUGCAAUAAAUACACGGGGGGAAGAGAGAGAGCAAGGAAGAAAAAUCCAGAGAAAGGACUCCGCAGAGUUGACUACACUUCAAGCUCGGUUCUAUAAAAAUCCAGCUGCAUCGAGAAGCACGAGGAGAAUCCUCUUCGAUGGGACAGCCAUGCAAUAAAAAAAAAAAAAAAAAAAAAAUCGCACUCGGGGAAAGAAGAACGAAGGAGGAAUUGCAGUGAACAUUCUUUGAGGCAUUUGGUCCUGGCGAGACUCGAGAGCCAAGUAGGAUAAAUUAUUUCCAAGCUUCUUGAAGACUUAAUUUUUCUUUUUCUUCGAGACACAAGUGGAGCAAUUAAUGGAUAUUUAACUGGUACCUUGAGGAUCCGACGCGAUUGGCUAAUCGGAUUUAUCAGAAAAAUUGCUACAAGUCCAAAUCGACAUUGAGCGACUGCGAAAUCCGGGCUGCGUUUUGACGAUUUGGAAAUCGCUCGGUUUACUUCGGGGGAGAGGAACUUACUCGCGAAUAUACACAUCUCGGAAAUUCUGUAAACGCAAUUGUAUUAUUGUACCGCGAGAGAGACACGGUUUCGAGGCUGCUUGCCUUCUGAUCGAGGGAGAUUGCACGGCCGGAUAUUUGAUUCGUUACAUAACACACCCGCAACAAACAGCCGCGGAAACAAAGGAGCCGCGUGGAAGCGAGCUUCGGCUUCGGCCGCGAGAGAGAUUGAUCACUCUCCCGCCGACGCUCGUCGACGCGUGAGAACGAUCUUCUCGCCUUGCAACGUUUCUCUCUCCUCUCUCUCUCUCUCUCUCUCUCUCGCGAGGGGGAAGGGGACGGAAAGCGAAACGGGUGCGCGGAGAAAUGAUCUGACAAGACAUCGAGACAACACAGCGCGACGACAACGACACGACAAUGACGACGAUGACGACGACGCAAUGACAACGACAACACGUCACGAAGGUCGAGCCCACGUGAUACGCGGCGUUUAGCCGGCGCUACCGCCGCUACCAAAUAUUGUGGCUGCGCGAUACGUGACGUUCGGCGUUCGGCGGCGGGACGUCAGACGUGAUACGUGAGACGCGUGUCGGCUCGUCGCGUGUCGUCGUAUCGAGGAACACGACGACGUUAUCGGUGCAAGGAAGUUGCGCUCUCUGAUCUACCCCGAUCGACUCGCGCGCGCCGGGGAUGGUGACGAGCGCUCGCACGUGAAGCGAAAAAGUGACAGUGUUAUAUCGUGAAUAGGAAGUACCUAAAUGAUCCCCAAGUUUCGGAUCAUUUCGAAGAUCUCGCAGUUAAGAAAGGAUACGAGUGGAGGCCGAUGAAAAUUAAAAUGGCUCCCGCAGGGACACCUUCGUCAAACGGAGGCCUACCACCGCCUGUAGGACCCGUGCUGACCGGCACAUCCUUUGUCAGCUAUAAAAGAACCUGGUGGAGAAGAGUAGCUCCCUGCUUGGCCUUUCUUGCCGCCUUUUCCACCGCCAUGGUCCUGCUCCUCAUCUGGAGCGAAGCCGUGGCUUUGAGGAGGCAGGCGUUCGACGCGAACAUGACCAGGGACUACGUGCUCGACAGCAUCUCGAUGGACAAUCCGCAAUUGAUCACGUACAUACGGGAGGUGCAUCUGAAACGGACGACACGUCAGGACCCGCUGAACGCCAACCAGACGUCGGAGGAGAAGUAUGUGGCCACCUUGUCGCAGGGCAAGACCGAGGGUGUCUACGUGGAGUACAUCAGCAGGAUGGGCGCGAUUUCCAGUACCUCGUGGCUGGAAUCCAAUAUGAGCUGGCGAGGUGUCGUGAUAUUCACCGAGCCCAAGAGCUUCUUCGAGGCGCAGCGCAGCACCAGGCACCCGCGAUCGAGGGUGAUGCACGCCUGCCUCAGCACGGACACGGAAACCAAAGAGAUAAAGUACCACCAGGAGUCGGAGGUCCAGGUCACCAAGCUGUGCGACGGCCCUAACAGCCUCGUGUCGUCGGACGACGGUUUUCCUACCACUAGACUCAAGUGCUUUCCUCUCUAUAGCGUGCUGUUGGCGUACAACGCCACGACUUUGGAUUACCUAAGUCUGGACAGUCCCGACGCUCCCGAUGGCCAGGUACUCGACACCAUCCCAUGGGACGUCGUAAGAAUAUCGAUACUGUCGAUACGGUGGAGUCCCCAUCACAGCGAGGCGGAGACAAAGAGCUUCAUCGACAAGAUGACCAGCCGGAGGUACAAGCUCGUACACACGACAGAUACCGGAAAGUCGAUUUUCCUGUACAACACUCUCCUUAAGAUUUGAUCAUUGACUCAGGUUAUAGACUGGUCUGCGCCCGUAUCGCAGGAUAUAUAUAUAUAAAAUAAUUUAAGCGACUCGAAAUAAAACUCCACUCCACCGCGCCUUUGAUCCGUUGUCGAUAUUCUAUUUCGCCGAUAAGAAAUAUUUCUUCCGAUCGGAAACACGCGCGCGCGGAUCUCCCGUUCAACCUCCCGCGUGAAGGGACGGGCUCACGUCGCGGUAUCGAGAACACCGGAAGUAAUCGAUCGCGAAAUUCGUUCUCUCCGUCGCGAACUCCCGAGUUUGUUAUUAGCUUCCUUUUUUCCCGCGGGACACGUUGGACACCUUCCCCAAGCUCGUCGCAAAUCUCGUGAUCGCUCCCGUGAUUCACAAAACAAUGUUUACCCGCGAUAACGAGUUCGCUGAUAACAAUCGUCGAUCGAAUCUCGAGGGACUGAUUCAAGACUGAGUUCAAGAAUUUCCGUUACGGUCGACACGGUGCCACGAGACCGUAAGUACUUCGAGCGAUUCGUUUGAGAGUUGAGAGUCAAAACUGUAAGUAGCUGAAGAUUCAGGACCCGGUUUCCAGAUCGACGAUAAAAACACUGGAAUCGAAUCUCCAGAAGAGUCCAAAGUUGCGAUCUCAACUUGAGAUUUCAACUUGAGAUUCGAGUUUCGAAAGUGUCUUGGCUUCAACGAUCCUCCGCGCGACUCCAAAUCGCAUAAAAUCCGAGAGAUUUCUCUCAUCAUCGACGCGGACAAGAUAUUGGUGGUGUUCUGAGCGCGCGUAUAUUUUGCGGUGAUAUUGCGGUGGAAACACGUGCGAAUCGAGUUAAAUCUGCUUCGGAUAUACGUGACUCCCCGUGUGAUUCUUAUAUCUGUGUUCUUAUCGCGAGACGUGCGACACGAUUUUCUCUCUCACUUGCUUCCAAUUGUGGUUUUCGCGUAUUCGACGAUCACCGACCAGCCAGAUGGAGCGUUCUUUUAAUUUUUUUUUCCAUUCGUGUGCGAACAACGCGUAUAAUAAAGCGAUCCCGCAGAACCGCUCCGUCGUGCCCUGCUGCGACGAUCUCGCUCUCUUCGCGACGACUUCGACUUCAAAUACGUCGUGCGACGCCGUAUUACGUUAAUACUCUGUUUAUUUCGUACGUACACGCGAAUGAUCAACGAAUAAUUCACGCCAGUGAUUAUUACAGGCAGUUAUUUAAGUAUUUGCAGAAUCAAAACAAGAGGAAUAGACCCAGAACAGAAGGGGUAGUCGAGAUUCGUGAACAUGUGGCAGUCUGUGUCAAAAUUAUCGUUUGACUCCGCAAACUGUUUUUUUUUUUUUCACUGCAGUAUGUUUCGCUGAACGGCGUAUGAGAAUUGUUGGAUACACACAGACUGUGCAAUCGUCGUUCCCAAUCCUUUCGCGCGUUUAUUUCUCUAUUUCUAUGUCAAUGGGGAAAUAACGCAAUGUUAAUUUAAUAGAAAAUGUCAAAUUGACAUUUUUUUGCGCGAUGAAUAUUCAAAGUUUAUUUGCGUGCCUGCUGCCGUGGACGUUGAGUUUAUUCGGGCGCAACGUAACGUAAAAUUACGUUUUAUGUUAGAAGAAAGGGAAAAGGGAGGCUGGAACCUCGGCGGAAAGCGAAAAAUUAAUUCCUCCGUACCUGAGCUAAAUAACGCGCCUCGUUUAAUCUUGUCUCUGAUCCUCUCGUCCCCCGUCCCCGCUCUCCUCGCAAUGGAUAGAGGGACUCGCGUGGAGCGCGAUUGUUGCGGUGCAGGAAUCGCGUCGCGACAUUUAAAAGCUCCGGAAAGUUUUGUCGAUCUAGAGAUUAUUCAAGAGGGAUCUUCGCUGAGCGACGAUUCUGAGACUCACGGGAUUGAUACGAGGAUCCGAUAAUUCGGAGGAUACGAAGGACCGCGGCGGACCACGCUUAAUGGUCCGAGAAAAUCCACUGGAAAAUCCGAGCCCCGAUAAAUCCUCACUCGGGCAAACUGAGAUUUCCGAGCGUCCACGUCGUUCGAUUUUUCUUUCGGGAGCGCACCGAGGAAAAAAACCCAGCGAGAAGAGAUCUCGCUCUCCCGUACGAUUUUACGGUAGCACGUUUUUUUUUUUUUAAUUUAGGGUACAAGCUAGUAACGGUAACCGAGCGUUUUACGCAGGACGCGCCGAUUUUACUUUUUAAGGGACAUCAAUCGCGGCGUCCGGAGAUCGCCGUAUCGCAUACGCGUCGAUUCGCGUUAUCACCGUGUGAUAAGCGAGAGCGAGCUAAUCCCGAGGUAUUAUUCCUCCCCUCCCCCCUUCAGGGCUCCCGCAUUCGCGCUGCGCGUCCACAGCUAGAAGGAGGCGCCGAUCGUCCGAAUCUCACACCCGUAUAUAUAUUUGCAUUAAAACACUAAUCGCGUGUCACCCACAUCCGAUCGAAUCGGAUCAAAUUGAGACGGGCGAAACGAUGAGAUCCACGAUUGCAGUUCGAUCCACGCGUCGAUCGGUGGAACCUCGAAAACGGCACACCUGCUAUUUAGUGCUACACGUGCGACGUAUAUAGAAUGGGGACGUAAAUAUCUGAAAGCACAGGCCUUAUUAGCGCGUAAGGUGAUAUUUUCUUAAAACGUUCUACGAUAGUGAUAUAAGUAACACCAACCCGCGCAAGUGGUUCAAGUUGUCAAGUUAUAUCUUCGCUCGCGGUGUGCAGAGAUCUGUAUACGUCAAUUAGACGUAUCUACUAGAUUCUCCUUCGUUAAUUAUGAACCGUCGCGGUUCGUCUCUAAAAUUUUUAGAGAUGAGAAAUUAAAUUAUUAUUUUUUUUUACUGAUAAUUAUUUUCGAGCGAAAAUAUUCUUCAGGAAGAAAAUUAUUUUGCCUUCUAAACAUUCAAUUUCAGUCUCUAAAAUUCCUUCUUUCGGCUCGCGAAACGUUUUCGCUUACUCGCAUAAUCUGCAAACACAAUUUUCGAAGAUAUAACGCAAGCUCAGGAAUUAUCAUACAAAACGCGUAUAUGCGCGAGAAAGAUACGUGUUAUAAAUCAAGGCACAGCAUCAACCUUUGCGCUAUUCGCAUUUCCGCGAUAAUUUCGAGCAGCGCGAGAACUACUUGCAUUUGUGUGACGCACGUUUAACGCUAAAAUUACAAUUUGUAAUUAUCUAAGUAACAGUCUACAAUGCUUCAUUCCUAAUUUAAAUUGCACAUUGGAUAAUCAGCAAUGAAGGAUGAGAUACCUUCGGCGUUAAACGUACAUCACGAGAAAGCGGGACUUCUGACUCAAAACUCCCAUUGACGCGUUUACUGCGAUUAUAUAUGGAUUAUACAUUAGGAACGUUCAGCACAACAGAUACUUAUAAUAAUGCGAUUUUCUUUGCAUCGAUCAUAGCUUCGUUGCGACGAUCAUCCUGUUAUUUCCAUUGUUAAUCGCGCGAAGCGAGGCGCGCAGCAUUUGAAUUUUCGCAAAGUGCAAUAUUCGCGAAGCGGUCGGUUCGGUUUCAAAAUUUUACGAUGAAAGAUCCGGAAGUUGUAAACAUCAUACUGGUUUAUAGAUCCAAUGACUCGAGAAUUUAAGAUUUCAAUCCAAGAUCCGUAAUUUUUUUUCUUUUUUUUUUCUUUUA